AAUAAAAUUGUUGGGAUAUAUUAUCCCGGCCUAUUACUGUUCAGGAGCCCAAGACAGUAUCCAGUACGGAGCCCGAGCAGCUAGGUCCAUUUCGGUGCAUUCUGGCCCACUUUGGCCAUUAGGCCCGGCAUCGGCCCGUUUGGCCCAUUAGGGUGGAGAGCACCCUUCCCCUUUCCCCUAUAAAUAUGUGGUUUCCCUCCAUGUUUGGGGAUCCCCUUUUCCUCCUUCAUGCUUCUUCUUCUCUAGACUAGCUUGAUCCUCCAUUAAUAGGAGCUUGAAUAUUGUACUAUGUAAUGGUGAGGAGAGUCCUAAUGAGAAUGAGAGGGCUUGGACAUUAGCCUAAAAAGUCCCGUAAUUUUCUCCCUUUCGGGUUUCCACGUAAAAACUGAGUGUUCAUACAUAUAUUUACUAUAUCGUGUUGGAUUAAACUCAACACUGGCGCCGUCUGUGGGAAUCUGUCCAAAAAGAUUCACGUUGUUCUUCGUUUCUAAGAAAAAUUCAUACGAAAAUGCACUGAUUACAAAAAGAAAAGAAAAAAAACAUCCUGAUGAGAAGUUCUAGAUCUGGGGAGAAGAAAAAAUUUGAUGCUGGAGGUUUUGGAUUUCAGCAACAGGAGGGAGCUACUGAUUCAAGCAAAAACAGGAAGAGGCUACGGAUUUGGAAAUCCAAAUCUGGAAUUUUUCCAGACCUUGGUUGAGGUCGCUGGAAGCCACCGCCGCGCCACCGCCCGCCUUCAGCGGCCCGCCGUAUACCGCUCCCCGUCUGGUUGGCCUCUGCUCGAGCCGCCACCAGCCACUCCACCGAUGCGGCCUGAGAGGUAUCCCUCCUGGGAUUCCUUGGUUUCCGCCAUUAAUGGAGGUUGGGAGGCCGAGGAGGUAUGUCAUGAAGUUCAGCCGAUCCUACACCGGAGAUUACCCCCUCUGGACAUCCUCGCGCCGCGGUGAGCUCCUUGACCACCGCCAGUACGCGGCCAACCCGCGGCCGGCAAGCGGAAGUGACGCCGGUUGUCUUGCUUCGAUCUUUCCGAUAGACGCUCCAUGUCUGGCUCCUUGGCUCACAGAGGGCCACGUCCAGGAAGUUGAAGACAGCCUGCCAUGCUCUGGGUUGGAUGGAUGAGGCCCUCUCAUAUUUUGAGCGGUCAACCAGCCUCCAACACUCUUGGCAGAAGAUUUCAACCCCAAAAGCUAAGUACCUAUAACUUCUAAAUUGGUACAUUAAUUAUUAAAUGUUUAAAAUGUUAGAAGCAUGGCUAUUAUUAUUCUUUAUCACCAUUAUUUAUUAGGGAAUAAAAUCUCCCGAAAUUAAAUAAUGUCGAGCGAUGCUCUAGUGAUAAUUAAUUCCACCAUCAUUUUAAUUAAUGACUGGUUGUAUGUGCUGUUGGCCCGCUCCUGAUCGGCUUUAAUUAGCGAACGGAGUAUACUUGAAUGGCCUUUGAUAGGGAAGUAUCAUUGCUAUUGCCGGUUAUGUCACUAUUAUUUAUUAGGGAUAAAAUGUCCCGAAUUAAAUAAUGCUGAGCGAGGCUCAAGUGAUGGUUAGUUCAGCUAACAUUUUAUUAAGUAUUUGAUUUCUUGUGGGCCUGAUGGCCCACUCUCGAUCAGCUUGAUUAAGCGGUCUGAGCGUCUCCAAAAGGGCGACGCCCCGACGACGCAUUUUAAUUUGAGGGUUGCACGUUAGUCCGCAUGGCACUACGUGCCCGAUCGACGAUCAUACCCCAAUGUAAUUUGCGCCACUAGGCGAAGUGACUGUGCCAAACGCGGCCUGUGGGGCCCGAGGGCACCGAAGCGCUCAACCUCGUUUUUUCAAGGGCAGUGCGACCAACUUGGGUCUGAGUUUGAAAACUCACAGACCGAGGAAUACCUCUAUGUGACGUUCGGCGGGCUGCUAAUUGGCCCCGCCGCGAGCUGCUACGUCCAUUAACCCCGCACGAUGAGCCGGGCCGAGGGUCACGAUGACCCAUAGGCCGGUAAUCGUGGGUGUUAGAGGGAAGCCGCGAUGACCCAUGCAGAUGGUUAUGUGUGCAUAUUUAUUGUCGGGCCGUGCGGCCCGUUACCAUGCUUAUUGCGCAGCCGAAGCCGCUCGACGCGCUUGAGCGAAAUGAUUAGAAGACGCUCGGCCCGAGUCUUGAAGACGUGCAGGGCCGGCUAAAGAGGAGACCAUCACGGCUGAGGACCGUGAGACGAGCAUCUCCACCUAGAGGCCGAGGGCCUAGAGGAGACCACCACGGUUGAGAACCGUGGGACGGGCAUCUCCACCCCAGAGACCGAUGGCCUAGGGAGAACACCUAGAGGCCGAGGAUCUAGAGGCGAAUGCCAUGACAGAGAACCGUGAGACGGUCAUCCAUCAUCCAGAGGCCGAGGGCCAAGAGGAAACCAUCACGGCUGAGAGCCGUGAUACGAGCAUCUCCACCCUAGGAGCCGGUGGCCUAGAGGAGACCACUACGACCGAGGGUCGUGGGACCAUCCUUACAUCACGACCGACCCCACGGUACGGCAUGUUUAUCACCAGAAGACCGGUAUCAUCCCCGCGCUGCGCGGAUGAGAGCUGUUGCACGGAUACACUUGAUCGGCUUCUCAUUGCCGACAUCAUUAUAUCAUGACCGGCCUCUCGGCACGGCGUGUUUAUCUUUUGAAGACCGACCUCGUCCCCGCACUGCGCGGAUGAGGACCGUUGCUUGAUCUUGGUCGGCCUCUCAUUGCUGACAUCGUUACAUCACGACCGGCUUCCCGGCCCGGCGUGCUUAUCAUAUUUGAAGACCGGCCUCGUCCCCGCCCCUCGCGGAUGAGGACCGUUGCUUGCCUCUUUCUGAUCGGCCCCCAGGCCGAUACUUUUACGUGGCUACCGACCCCCCUGAUACGGUGCCAUUAUCAUACUUGAAGACCGGCCUCGUCCCCGCACUGCGCGGAUGAGGACCGUUGCUUGAUUUCAGAUCGGCCCCUCAUUGCCGACACUAUUAUAUCACGACCGGCCUCCCGGCUCGGCGUGCUUUCCAUAUUUGAAGAUCGGCCUCGUCCCCGCCCUCGCGGACGAGGGCCGUUGCUUGAUUUUCUCAGAUCGGCCGCUCAUUGCCGGCGCCAUUAUACCACGACCGGCCUCCCGGCUCGGCGUGCUUUCCAUAUCUGAAGACCGACCUUGUCCCCGCCCCUCGCGGACGAGGACCAUUGCUUGAUUCUUUCAGGUCGGCCCCUCACUGCCGACACUAUCAUGUUAUGUUCGGCCUCUCGGCACGACAUAUUUAUCUUUUGAAGACCGGUUUCAUCCCCGCGCUGCGUGGAUGAGAGCCGUUGCUCGGAUAUAUCGGCCUGAUUGGACACUAUUGUCAUCUCCAUUAUCAGGACCGACUGCUCAGCGACAUUAUGAUCAUUGUAUAUCGGCUCCCAAUGCCGACCUUCUUGAGUUAGCGAUCGGGCUCACCCCUCCCUUCAUGAGGGUGACCAUCGCCUUCGCAUGACAUUAUGUGUGACAUCACUUGUGGUUAUUCUUGGAACCGACGAACGUAUUUUCCUCCCUCAAAAAAAAAAAAAAAGAUGGGGAGAAGGGGAGACGAGAUCCUAUGAGAGAGGGAGUCUUGACGAGGUAUGCCUGAUCUUCCUUCGCCGCGUAUGACGAACGUCUCCCGACGCGGAGGCUAGUAGGAACGUGGGGGGGGCUAGACGUACCAAAGGGAACCUCGGCAAGAUAAACCAGUUCCUCCCAUGACCCGUGGUUCGAUGAACACCUUCUGCUAAAGCAGAAGACUAGUAGGGCCACGAGCAUGGGACGACGAAGCAGGGAAUCCCGACGUGGAUAAACCAGUGACCUUGCGAUCGUUGGAUGACCGAACGUCUUCUUCGAAGCAAGAAGAUUAGUAGGACCACGACAGGGACGAACGAAGAAUAGGGAAUCCCGACGUGGAUAAACCUGUUUCUUCUCAUAGUUGGGAUGACGAACGUCUCCUGCGAAACCAGGAGACCAGUACUCACGAGACUUGGGAAGAACGAAGAACCAGUUCUUUACCGGAGUCUGUUGCGUGCCGAGUGUACACCGCUUAGCGGUCCAUACAUAGGACCACGGAUACGGUAGACGAACGAAGACCAGCUCCAUGGAUCAGACAUGGAGAACCAGUUCUUUAUCGGAGUCUGUGCGUGCCGAGUGUACACUGCUUAGCGGUCCGUACAUAGGACCACGGAUACGGUAGACGAACGAAGACCAGCUCCAUGGAUCAGACACGAUGGACAAGUUCUUUACCGGAGUCUGUGCGUGCCGAGUGUACACUGCUUAGCGGUCCGUACAUAGGACCACGGAUACGGUAGACGAACGAAGACUAGCUCCUCAGGUCAGAUAGGAGGGACAUCACCCAGAUUUAUUUCAGGCUCACCAUUCCUUCCCGGAUGGAAUCCUGGCAGACGAUCGGCUUCUCACAGCCAAUCAGGAGAGAGACUUGACACAUCACCAGCACGGCCGAGGGCCGUGAGACGAUUAUCACUCACCGACAGGCCGAGGGCCAUGAGAUGAUCAUCACCAUUUUUAUGCAGCACGAUCGGCCUCUCAGCGCCAUCGUGUCUCUCUCACGUUCGGAUCGCGCAUCUCUUCCAGGAUGGCGACGAACGUCUUAUGCAGUGCGAUCGACCCCUCAGCGCCAUCGUACCUGGCGUCACGGUUCGGCUCGUCCAUCCCUUCCAGGAUGGCGACGACCGUCUUAUGCAUCACGAUCGGCCCCUCAGCGCCAUCGUGUCCUGAUUCACAGUUCGGAUCGCCCAUUCCCUCCAGGAUGGCGACGACCGUCUUAUGCAGUACGAUCGGCCCCUCAGCGCCAUCGUACCCAGCUCACGUUCAGCUCGUCCAUCCCUCCAGGGUGGCGACGAACGUCUUAUGCAUCACGAUCGGCCCCUCAGCGCCAUCGUGUCCAGGUUCACGGUUCGGCUCGUCCAUUCCCUCCAGGAUGGCGACGACCGUCUUAUGCAGUACGAUCGGCCCCUCAGCGCCAUCGUACCCAGCUCACGUUCAGCUCGUCCAUCCCUCCAGGGUGGCGACGAACGUCUUAUGCAUCACGAUCGGCCCCUCAGCGCCAUCGUGUCCAGGUUCACGGUUCGGCUCGUCCAUCCCUUCCAGGGUGGCGACGAACGUCUUAUGCAUCACGAUCGGCCCCUCAGCGCCAUCGUGUCCUGAUUCACGGUUCGGAUCGCCCAUUCCCUCCAGGAUGGCGACGACCGUCUUAUGCAGUACGAUCGGCCCCUCAGCGCUAUCGUACCCAGCUCACGUUCAGCUCGUCCAUCCCUCCAGGGUGGCGACGAACGUCUUAUGCAUCACGAUCGGCCCCUCAGCGCCAUCGUGUCCAGGUUCACGGUUCGGCUCGUCCAUCCCUUCCAGGGUGGCGACGAACGUCUUAUGCAUCACGAUCGGCCCCUCAGCGCCAUCGUGUCCUGAUUCACGGUUCGGAUCGCCCAUUCCCUCCAGGAUGGCGACGACCGUCUUAUGCAGUACGAUCGGCCCCUCAGCGCCAUCGUACCCAGCUCACGUUCAGCUCGUCCAUCCCCUCCAGGGUGGCGACGAACGUCUUAUGCAUCACGAUCGGCCCCUCAGCGCCAUCGUGUCCUGAUUCACGGUUCGGAUCGUCCAUCCCUUCCAGGGUGGCGACGAACGUCUAUGCAGUGCGAUCGGCCCCUCAGCGCCAUCGUACCUGGCUUCACAGUUCGGAUCGCGCAUCUCUUCCAGGAUGGCGACGAACGUCUCAUAUGCAGCACGAUCAGCGCCCCAGCGCCAUCGUGUCUGGCUCGUGUUCGGCUCGCCCAUCCCUUCCAAGAUGGCGACGAACAUCUCUUAUGCAGCAUGAUUGGCCCCUCGGCGGCAUCAUGUCUAGUCCACCUUCGGCUCCGCCCAUGCCAUCUCGGAUGGGGGACUCGUCUUAUGCAACACGUCUGCUUCUCGGCGCUGACAUGCCCGGGUUAUCAAUGAGAGCUACUGCUUCUAUCACAUCUUGCAUUCCCUCUCUCAUACAUUACAUACAUACAUUACAUGCAUACAUACAUUCAUGCAUCAUACCUCAUACAUUCAUACAUACACACGUGCAUCAUGUUUUGAUAGUACCGCGACGUCGGGUUAUAGAUGAUGGACCUCUAAGCUUUUCCGAUUGGAAAGCUCGAGUCAGAGUCCUUUACUCCCGCCUGAUGCAUUCAGGGGGAGUGUGCCCGUGGAGGAGCACCCUUCGCCCGACCCUGUCGGGAAGGGGGGUGCCUCACUGGUAGAUUACGUUCAGGAGUGCAGACACUCACUCAUAUAUGAUGAUUAUGUGAAGACACAGUUUCCAGCUAGACAGAGGCAGAGCGCAGGCAAGAAUAUACUUUCUCGAGCAGAUUCGCGCACUCACUACUCAAGAAACUGGGGGACUUGUGUUGGGAUAUAUUAUCCCGGCCUAUUACUGUUCAGGAGCCCAAGACAGUAUCCAGUACGGAGCCCGAGCAGCUAGGUCCAUUUCGGUGCAUUCUGGCCCACUUUGGCCAUUAGGCCCGGCAUCGGCCCGUUUGGCCCAUUAGGGUGGAGAGCACCCUUCCCCUUUCCCCUAUAAAUAUGUGGUUUCCCUCCAUGUUUGGGGAUCCCCUUUUCCUCCUUCAUGCUUCUUCUUCUCUAGACUAGCUUGAUCCUCCAUUAAUAGGAGCUUGAAUAUUGUACUAUGUAAUGGUGAGGAGAGUCCUAAUGAGAAUGAGAGGGCUUGGACAUUAGCCUAAAAAGUCCCGUGGUUUUCUCCCUUUCGGGUUUCCACGUAAAAACUGAGUGUUCAUACAUAUAUUUACUAUAUCGUGUUGGAUUAAACUCAACAAAAAUAUAUGCAUAUUUCUUUCCCAUAUGCUUGAAUUGCUUACAGAAUUUUGUUGACAAUACCUGUAACAGUGGCCACUGCGGAGAGAAGCUUUUCAAAGUUGAAGUUGAUGACAAGUUAUCUACGAUAAACCAUGUCAGAUGAUAGAUUAAGUGGAUUGGCUAUUUUAUCUAUUGCAAAAAAAGUGUUAGCUAGUCUUGAUUGUGCACUUUAAAAGGCAAGGAGGAUUGGGUACUAAAAAGUACACUUUCUGGUGUAUUUUAUUUAUGUUACAUUUAAAACUUUAUUGGUUUGAAAUUCACAAUAUGUGUU